CGUGUCUUAGUCCACCUGCAAGGACCAGCCAACAAAACCUGCCCUUUGCUAACUAGGUAGUCGAUGCGGCUCGAUUGUUUGUGUAAUACUGCUCUGUAUUAAAGCUGAAAUCGUUGUUGAGUGUCUAAACAUGGACGUAGGUAGCUUACACGACGAUUGGGUCCUGGUUUCAUUAGGCCACAUUGUGAAACGCGCAAAACUUGUGACCCUGGCAAAACGAUAUGGUGUCUCAGCGAACGGAAAAACAUCUGUAAUUGUAGAACGAUUACGAGAAAAAUUACAAGCAUUGCUUCAAGAACAUGAGCUUAUUAGCUCUGAAACGCCGCCCAAGGAAAAUUCGCCCGUGUCGUACUCACCGGCACACAAAUCACAGACAGAAGUCGAAAACAAUAUGGUUCAAGAAGCUGUAUGCUCGCCCCCUCCAGAGCUUAAAGCCGUACAAACGCCAAUUAAGGCCUUGCCAUCUCCUGUUAAGAAAAUGACACCAUCACCUUCUCCACGCGAGCAAAAAGUCUAUGAAGCAGCCAAACGGCUGUUUCACGAUGUUCGUGAAGAGGAACCCUCUGAACUUGCAAGUCCAUUGUCCAAACGACGAUGUGUCUCUAUGUCUCCGAGACGUCCGAGCAACAUCGGAUCUCCUCUCAGCAGAAUGAGUGAUGACAGGAUACGGGCUUCAGGAAACAUUCGAGCUAGCUUAUCGUUCGGUUCUCCCACCGCUCGUUCUCCUCGAGGCUUGUCUAAGCUCCCAAUCGUUCGGUCUCCCAGCCCUCGAAAAAUGUCAAAGGUGAUGCAUGCAAUUGCCAAUGUCACAGAUACACAAGCAGCAACUUCCAACACAUCUCCAACAAAAUUAAACAAAUCAAUUGCCGCAAUUGCCUCCUCCGAACUUUCUUCUGCUCCAACUUCCCUCCCGACAACUCCCCGUCGUGACCAUUCCCUUCGUCCGCAAUCCACGGCUUCAGAAACCCAUCGUCAAAACCGUCUUGCCAUUCUCGCAACACCAAAGCACAAGCGCAAACGUUUCCAAUUCUCGUCCCCAGAAAAACCGCCGUGGCGCUAAUUCAUCCGUCUUCGUGCAUGCGACGCGUCACAAUAAACUUGUUUGUUUAUUUGUUUACACGUACACUUUAAAUUCGCGUUGCCUUGGCAACCAUAUUUAUAAACGCCAGCAGCACCUCUACAAAAGGCCAACUACAAAACGAUACGCGUUAACAGUGUAA